CAGGAGUCACACUGGAUAUCUGAAUGUGCUUAAAAUAAAAUUUACAUCUCAUUUUGGAAGUGUUUAUUAAAUGCUGUCCCUGCAUUCAUGUGAACAUCACAGCCCAGUGGUUAGAUGUGCAGAGUCCGAAGCCUGACUGCCUGGGUCUGUCACUUAUUAGCUGUAUGACUUUGGAUGGGUUACUUAACAUUUCUAGGCACUGGUUUCUCAUUAGUAAAAUGAAGAAUGGGCGCCUGUAGUCCCAGCUACUCUGGAGCCUGAGGCAGGAGAAUGGCUUUAACCUGGGAGGCGGAGGUUGCAGUGAGCCUAGGUCGCGCCAUUGCACUCCAGCCUGGGCCACAGAGCGAGGCUCCAUCUCAAAAAAAAAAAAACAAUUCAGCUUUCACGGAGAAUUACUAUUGCCUGGUGCCAUCAGAUCCCAAAUACUGGAGGCAUUCCCAAUGUUCUGUUCACAAACUGUGCAAUCUGUGAUAGCCCCCUUGUGAAUAUAAUCAAAGUGAAAGAUGCCAGUAUACUUAUUGCUAUGCUUAAAAGAACUGCAGAUCUAUCAUAUCCUUUUUUUUUUUUUUUUUUUUUUUUUUUUUGAGACGGAGUCUUGCUCUGUCACCCAGGCUGGAGUGCAGUGGCGCAAUCUCAGCUCACUGCAAGCUCUGCCUCCUGGGUUCACGCCAUUCUCCUGCCUCAGCCUCUCCGAGUAGCUGGGACUACAGGCGCCCGCCACCACGCCCGGCUAAUUUUUUUUUUGUAUUUUUUAGUAGAGAUGAGGUUUCACUGUGGUCUCGAUCUCCUGACCUCGUGAUCCGCCCGCCUCAGCCUCCCAAAGUGCUGGGAUUACAAGCGUGAGCCACCGCGCCCGGCCCUAUCAUAUCCUUUUGAAACCAAAAAAUGUGGAAGUCUCCCUGGCUAGAUGCUGUGUCCACGUAUCCUGCACCAAUUGCUUGAAAGUCACAUGACAACCUUUCUUCCUUUAGGUAAGGAAGCAAGCAAGGUAGGACUCUGUGUGUUACAGCCAGUGUGGGUAACUGAGGACUGAGGGAGGUGUGGGCACUUGCAUAGCUAGUGCCGCCAAUACCAUAGGAGCGUUGACACUAAACAGCACUUUUCUAUUAAGUUGCCCUGCCGUUCUCUAACGAGUCAUUUUGAAAAACGGUUGUCCGUUUUUCAACUACUUGGGUGAGGGCAGCUUCAUGAAAAAAGCUCAUCGUAUGUUAAAGAAGGUAGGGUUUCAAUUGUGAGCCAUAAGGGCACCAGAGGAGAUUUCUCCUAUAGAAGGAAAGUGUGUUUCCUGCUUGGACACCUGAAUUUGCAACCCAUCCUUUCUUUUUUCCUUUUUCCUUUUUUUUUUUUUUUGGCAACCCAUCCGUUCUAUCUUUGUAGCCUCAGCUCCUACCAUAGUGCCUGUCACGGAGCAGCUAAUCGACACCGUGACGCGUGUAAGUUAUUUGAAGCCACUUCCUGCGCAGUGGAACGUCCCCGCCAAGUCUCCCGGCAACGCUGGGUGUAGUCCCAAUUAAAACACUAGGUUUCAACAACACAAGGAGGGUCCGCAGGGUCCCCGGACUACCCACCAAGGGUCGGCUCUGCUUUGAAACGCAGCUGCAGGAGGCCGAGGAGCGCCGCGAUGCCCCGGUUAUCCAGGCCAUUCCUCCCCCGGCCGAAGCUGGCCGGCUGCGUGGACCUAACCUUGCGCUAGGCGCUGGCUGCGGUUAACCCAGCCCGCGCUCGGUCCUCCGCGAUCCCAGCCUCCCUUGCGCCAAGGACACGUCCGGCGGCUUCGCGGGGCCUGUCUACGCCACCGCGGCGCCUUUCUGUGAUCCGCUGCCGCUUUCUGAGCGAGUGUCAUAGCGGCCGGCGUCGAGUUGGCAGGAGUAACCCAAGGAACUGGGGAAAGUCAUUAGAGCUGAGGAAGAAGUGGCCCAAUCUGGACGGUGGGAAUGAGCAGAAGGCCCUCCGUGGGUGACUGCGUCACUAGAGGCGGGCCCCUGGUAAAAUUCCAGGCCAGGCUUCUGCGUUUCUAGGCAGAACCUGGAGUCGGCCUUGCCAGGCGUUCAAGGAUAUUUGGUCGGAUCGCCCGACGGCGCUAAACGUUUUUUUUUUUUUUUUUUUCCCGAGCGGACCAGGUCGUUCUCUAAACUCGCCGCGAUGUCGUCCUGGCUUGGGGUCCUCGGCUCUGGAUUGGGCCAGUCUCUGGGUCAAGUCGGGGGCAGCCUGGCUUCCCUCACUGGCCAGAUAUCAAACUUUACAAAGGAUAUGCUGAUGGAGGGCACGGAGGAAGUGGAAGCAGAAUUACCUGAUUCUAGGACAAAGGAAAUUGAAGCCAUUCAUGCAAUCUUGAGAUCAGAGAAUGAAAGGCUUAAGAAGCUCUGUACUGAUCUAGAAGAGAAACAUGAAGCAUCAGAGAUUCAAAUAAAGCAGCAAUCUAUAAGUUACCGAAAUCAACUUCAACAAAAAGAGGUAGAAAUCAGCCAUCUUAAAGCCAGGCAGAUUGCACUCCAGGAUCAGUUGCUGAAACUGCAGUCAGCUGCUCAGUCAGUACCUUCAGGAGCUGGUGUACCAGCAACGACUGCAUCGUCUUCAUUCGCUUAUGGGAUUAGUCAUCAUCCUUCAGCUUUCCGUGACGAUGACAUGGACUUUGGUGAUAUAAUUUCGUCCCAACAAGAAAUAAACCGACUCUCAAAUGAAGUUUCAAGACUUGAGUCUGAAGUUGGCCAUUGGAGGCAUAUUGCUCAGACUUCCAAAGCACAAGGAACACAUAGCUCUGAUCAAAGUGAAAUAUGUAAACUGCAAAAUAUCAUUAAGGAACUGAAACAGAACCGAAGUCAGGAAAUUGAUGACCAUCAACAUGAAAUGUCAGUACUGCAGAAUGCACACCAACAGAAAUUGACAGAAAUAAGUCGACGACAUCGAGAAGAAUUAAGUGACUAUGAAGAACAAAUUGAAGAACUUGAAAAUCUGUUACAACAAGGUGGCUCUGGAGUUGUAGAAACUGAUCUCUCUAAAAUCUAUGAGAUGCAAAAAACUAUUCAAGUUCUACAAACAGAAAAAGUGGAGUCUACCAAAAAAAUGGAAGAACUUGAGGAUAAAAUAAAAGAUAUAAAUAAAAAAUUAUCUUCUGCAGAAAAUGACAGAGAUAUUUUGAGGAGAGAACAAGAACAGCUAAAUGUGGAAAAGAGACAAAUAAUGGAAGAAUGUGAAAACUUGAAAUUGGAAUGUAGUAAAUUGCAGCCUUCUGCUGUGAAGCAAAGUGAUACUAUGACAGAAAAGGAAAGAAUUCUUGCCCAGAGUGCAUCAGUGGAAGAAGUGUUCAGACUACAACAAGCACUGUCUGAUGCUGAAAAUGAAAUAAUGAGAUUGAGUAGUUUAAACCAGGAUAACAGUCUUGCUGAAGACAAUCUGAAACUUAAAAUGCAUAUCGAAGUUUUAGAAAAAGAGAAGUUAUUACUGAGUCAAGAAAAGGAAGAACUUCAGAUGUCGCUUUUAAAAUUGAACAAUGAAUAUGAAGUAAUUAAAAGUACAGCUACAAGAGACAUAAGUUUGGAUUCAGAAUUACAUGACUUAAGACUUAAUUUGGAGGCAAAGGAACAAGAACUCAAUCAGAGUAUUGGUGAAAAGGAAACACUGAUAGCUGAGAUAGAAGAAUUGGACAGACAGAAUCAAGAAGCUACAAAGCACAUGAUUUUGAUAAAAGAUCAGCUAUCAAAACAACAAAAUGAAGGAGAUAGCAUCAUCAGUAAACUGAAACAAGAUCUAAAUGAUGAAAAAAAGAGAGUUCAUCAACUUGAAGAUGAUAAAAUGGACAUUACUAAAGAGUUAGAUGUACAGAAAGAAAAGCUAAUUCAAAGAGAAGUGGCCCUAAAUGAUUUACAUUUAACCAAGCAGAAACUUGAGGACAAAGUAGAAAAUUUAGUAGAUCAGCUAAAUAAAUCACAAGAAAAUAAUGUAAGCAUCCAGAAGGAGAAUUUAGAACUUAAGGAGCGUAUUAGACAAAAUGAGGAGGAGCUUUCUAGAAUAAGGAAUGAGUUAACGCAGUCUCUAAAUCAAGACUCUAAUAGUAAUUUUAAGGAUACCUUACUUAAAGAAAGAGAAGCUGAAGUUAGAAACUUAAAGCAAAAUCUUUCAGAAUUAGAACAGCUCAAUGAAAAUUUAAAGAAAGUUGCUUUUGAUAUCAAAAUGGAAAAUGAAAAGUUAGUUUUAGCAUGUGAAGAUGUGAGGCAUCAGUUAGAAGAUUCUCUUGCUGGUAACAAUCAGCUUUCUCUGGAAAAAAACACGAUUGUGGAGACUCUAAAAAUGGAAAAAGGAGAGAUAGAAGCAGAAUUGUGUUGGGCUAAAAAGAGGCUGUUGGAAGAAGCAAACAAGUAUGAGAAAACCAUUGAAGAACUGUCAAAUGCACGUAAUUUAAAUACCUCUGCCUUACAGCUGGAACAUGAGCAUUUAAUUAAACUCAAUCAAAAGAAAGACAUGGAAAUAGCAGAACUCAAAAAGAAUAUUGAACAAAUGGAUACUGACCAUAAAGAAACUAAGGACGUUUUGUCAUCUAGUUUAGAAGAGCAGAAGCAGUUGACACAACUUAUAAAUGAGAAAGAAAUUUUUAUUGAAAAGCUUAAAGAAAGAAGUUCAAAGCUGCAGGAGGAAUUGGAUAAAUAUUCUCAGGCCUUAAGAAAAAAUGAAAUUUUAAGACAGACCAUAGAGGAAAAGGACCGAAGUCUUGGAUCCAUGAAAGAAGAAAAUAAUCAUCUGCAAGAAGAAUUGGAACGACUCAGGGAACAGCAGAGUCGAACCGCACCUGUGGCUGACCCUAAAACCCUUGAUAGUGUUACUGAACUAGCAUCUGAGGUAUCUCAGCUGAACACGAUCAAGGAACAUCUUGAAGAGGAAAUUAAACAUCAUCAAAAGAUAAUUGAAGAUCAAAACCAGAGUAAGAUGCAACUACUUCAGUCUUUACAAGAGCAAAAGAAGGAAAUGGAUGAGUAUAGAUACCAGCAUGAGCAAAUGAAUGCCACACACACCCAGCUCUUUUUAGAGAAAGAUGAGGAGAUUAAGAAUUUGCAAAAAACAAUUGAACAAAUCAAAACCCAGUUGCAUGAAGAAAGACAGGACAUUCAAACAGAUAACUCUGAUAUUUUUCAAGAAACAAAAGUUCAGAGCCUUAAUAUAGAAAAUGGAAGUGAAAAGCAUGAUUUAUCUAAAGCUGAAACGGAAAGAUUAGUGAAAGGAAUAAAAGAGCGAGAACUGGAGAUUAAACUUCUAAAUGAAAAGAAUAUAUCUUUAACUAAACAGAUUGAUCAGUUGUCCAAAGAUGAAGUUGGUAAACUAACUCAGAUUAUUCAGCAGAAAGAUUUGGAGAUACAAGCUCUUCAUGCUAGAAUUUCUUCAACUUCCUAUACUCAAGAUGUUGUUUACCUUCAACAGCAACUGCAGGCUUAUGCUAUGGAAAGAGAAAAGGUAUUCGCUGUUUUGAAUGAGAAGACUAGGGAAAAUAGCCAUCUAAAAACAGAAUAUCACAAAAUGAUGGAUAUCGUUGCUGCCAAGGAAGCAGCUCUCAUCAAACUGCAAGAUGAAAAUAAAAAAUUGUCCACUAGAUUUGAGAGUAGUGGCCAAGAUAUGUUUAGAGAAACUAUUCAGAAUUUAUCACGUAUCAUUCGAGAAAAAGACAUCGAAAUAGAUGCACUAAGUCAGAAAUGUCAGACUUUAUUGGCAGUUUUACAAACAUCCAGCACUGGUAAUGAGGCUGGAGGUGUUAAUAGUAAUCAAUUUGAGGAGCUUCUACAGGAACGUGACAAGUUAAAACAGCAAGUAAAGAAAAUGGAAGAGUGGAAGCAGCAGGUGAUGACCACGGUACAAAAUAUGCAACAUGAGUCAGCCCAGCUUCAGGAAGAGCUUCACCAACUUCAGGCACAGGUUUUGGUUGACAGUGAUAAUAAUUCUAAAUUACAAGUGGACUAUACUGGCCUGAUCCAAAGUUAUGAGCAGAAUGAAACCAAACUCAAAAAUUUUGGGCAGGAAUUAGCACAAGUUCAGCACAGCAUUGGGCAGCUUUGCAAUACCAAGGAUCUUCUUUUAGGAAAACUUGAUAUUAUUUCACCCCAUCUGUCUUCUGCAUCAUUGCUUACUCCCCAGUCUGCAGAGUCUCUUAGAGCAAGUAAGUCUGAUGUAUUGAGUGAAUCUUCUGAAUUGCUUCAGCAAGAGUUAGAAGAGCUAAGAAAAUCACUACAGGAAAAAGAUGCAACGAUUAGAACUCUCCAGGAAAAUAAUCACAGAUUGUCUGAUUCGAUUGCUGCCACCUCAGAGCUAGAAAGAAAAGAACAUGAACAAACCGAUUCAGAAAUCAAGCAGCUAAAGGAGAAACAAGAUGUUUUGCAAAAGUUACUUAAGGAAAAAGACCUCUUAAUCAAAGCCAAAAGUGAUCAACUACUUUCUUCCAAUGAAAAUUUCACUAACAAAGUAAAUGAAAACGAACUUUUGAGGCAGGCAGUAACAAACCUGAAGGAGAGAAUAUUAAUUCUAGAGAUGGACAUUGGCAGACUAAAAGGAGAAAAUGAAAAAAUAGUGGAAACAUCCAGGGGAAAGGAAACAGAAUAUCAAGCGUUGCAAGAGACUAACAUGAAGUUUUCUAUGAUGCUGCGAGAAAAAGAGUUUGAGUGCCACUCAAUGAAGGAGAAGGCUCUUGCUUUUGAACAGCUAUUGAAAGAGAAAGAACAGGGCAAGACUGGAGAGUUAAAUCAGCUUUUAAAUGCAGUUAAAUCAAUGCAGGAGAAGACAGUUGUGUUUCAACAGGAGAGAGACCAAGUCAUGUUGGCCCUGAAACAAAAACAAAUGGAAAAUACUGCCCUACAGAAUGAGGUUCAACGCUUACGUGACAAAGAAUUUCGGUCAAACCAAGAGCUAGAGAGAUUGCGUAAUCAUCUUUUAGAAUCAGAAGAUUCUUAUACCCGUGAAGCUUUGGCUGCAGAAGAUAGAGAGGCUAAACUAAGAAAGAAAGUCGCAGUAUUGGAGGAAAAGCUAGUUUCAUCCUCUAAUGCAAUGGAAAAUGCAAGCCAUCAAGCCAGUGUGCAGGUAGAGUCAUUGCAAGAACAGUUGAAUGUAGUUUCCAAGCAAAGGGAUGAAACUGCGCUGCAGCUUUCUGUCUCUCAGGAACAAGUAAAGCAGUAUGCUCUGUCACUGGCCAACCUGCAGAUGGUACUAGAGCAUUUCCAACAAGAGGAAAAAGCUAUGUAUUCUGCUGAACUCGAAAAGCAAAAACAGCUUAUAGCUGAAUGGAAGAAAAAGGCAGAAAAUCUGGAAGGAAAAGUGAUAUCAUUACAGAAACGUUUGGAUGAAGCAAAUGCUGCAUUGGAUUCAGCAUCAAGACUUACAGAACAGUUAGAUGUAAAAGAAGAACAAAUUGAAGAACUUAAAAAACAAAAUGAGCUCCGACAAGAAAUGCUGGAUGAUGUACAAAAGAAAUUGAUGAACUUAGCAAACAGCUCAGAAGGAAAAGUAGACAAAGUCCUAAUGAGAAACCUCUUCAUCGGUCAUUUCCACACACCGAAAAAUCGGCGUCAUGAAGUGUUACAGUUAAUGGGGAGCAUCCUGGGCGUCAGAAGGGAGGAGAUGGAGCAGUUGUUUCAUGACGAUCAGGGCGGUGUUACCAGGUGGAUGACCAGGUGGCUUGGAGGAGGAUCAAAAAGUGUUCCCAACACACCUUUGAGACCAAAUCAGCAAUCUGUGCUUAAUAGUUCUUUUUCAGAACUUUUUCUUAAAUUUCUAGAAACAGAAUCUCAUCCAUCCAUUCCACCACCAAAGCUUUCUGUUCAUGAUAUGAAACCUCUGGAUUCACCAGGAAGAAGAAAACGAGAUACAAAUGCACCAGAAAGUUUUAAAGAUACAGCAGAAUCCAGGUCUAGUAGAAGAACAGAUGUAAAUCCAUUUUUGGCUCCUCGCUCGGCGGCUGUGCCUCUUAUUAACCCAGCUGGACUUGGACCUGGUGGGCCCGGGCAUCUUCUUCUGAAACCCAUCUCAGAUGUUUUGCCCACAUUUACACCUUUGCCAGCGUUACCUGACAACAGUGCUGGGGUUGUGCUGAAAGAACUUUUAAAGCAAUAGAUGAUUCUCAAGCCAGAGACAAUCUAGCACUUUAAAGAAACCAUGAACACUGUAUGUAUGUACUUUAUCACAAAGUGGCCUUUGGGGAAAAAGUCAUGUAUUUGUAUUUGUUCGCAAUUAUGCUUUCUCUGAAUUUAAUAAAAAUAUUCCUAAUGCUUUUAGAAACUGCAGGUGUCAGGAGCAAGUGUUUGCUAUAUAAUCUGCUUUAUUCCUUCUGAUUUGACCUAAUUUAAGCUAGGAACAUUUAAUUUAUCUUUUACCUUAAUUUACAAAAAUACAGACAGACAAAAAUACUAGUAGCUAUAUGGCAGCUUUUUAUUUCCUUUUGUGAUUUCCAAGCUCAUUGAAGCUAGAGAUUGUAGUUUAUCAAGAGAGUUGUUUUUUUUUUUUAAACAAAGAAUAAAAAAAUACUAGUAGUGGCUUCUCUGCAUAGUGCGGAAAGUUGAUUUGAAGCAUAUAUUGAUCAUCUUUAGAGGACUUCGUGGAGACAGGCCAAGAAGAUUGUAGCUGGAAGGUCAUAGGUUCCCUGAGGUGAAGUAUGUAUUUGGUCCUGUGCAAUAUUAUCAUGUGUGUAGAUUCUUUUUUUGUUUGUUUUAAAUAGAGAUGGGGUCUCACUAUGUUGCCAGGCUGGCCUCGAACUCCUGGGCUCAAGUGAUCCUCCCACCUCAGCCUUCCAAAGUGCUGGGAUUACAGGCAUGAGCCACCGCGCCUGGCCCUGUGUGUAGACUCAUGUGACUACCACCACAGGCAAGACACAGAAGACUUCCAUUACAAGCAUCCCCGUGUUGCCCUCUCAUAAUCAUUGCCACCUCUCUCCCUGGCCCUCUCCUUAAUCCCUGACAACCACUUACUGUUCUCCAUCUCAGUCAUUUUGUUAUUUUGAGAAUGUUAUAUAAAUGGAAUCAAUAUAUACCCUCUUGAGACUGGCUUUUUUUCACUCAGCAUAAUUCCCUUGAGAUCCAUCCAAGGUUUUGGAUGUAUCACUAGUUUGUUCCUUUUUAUUGUUGAGCAUAUAGUGCAGAUAUAUCACUUAGUUUUAACAGCUAAGGUAUCUAUUUAAAGAUAUCAUCUUAAAACUAAAUGUUUCUUUGCACAAAUUCAUGCAACUUUCAUAUAAGCAUUAAACCAUAUAGCGGCAUCUACAUAAGUAUAAUUAGCAAAAUCACUGAACAUGCCACUUCCUGCCUCCGUCUGCGGUGUUGACAUAUGAGGUACAGCAAUCCGAGAGUCAACUGUUCUCAUCACGGUGGCCACUGAGGGCAGUGAAAUCACUUUGAUAGCACCAGUACCCAGAUGUUUGAAACUUAAAAGUAUUUCUUUAAUUUUUCAUAAACCCAUCAUAAAAAAAAUCCCAACUUGAAACUUAACUGUAUCUGGAUGUUCAUAUUUUUAUCAGUUGUUGAAGUUGUACAUUUAAAAAGAUAUUUCUUGCAAAUUUUGUAAAUUUCUAUGUGCUUUUAAAAUAGAAACAUUUUUAUAACAAGGAAGGAUGAAAAUAAAACAAAUUCAAAUACGUGAAUAGUCCUGGCUGAGGCCAGAACUAAAUUUGGUUAUUUGCAAGUUUUACUGUGAUUAACUGUACUUUCUAAUGUAUUUGGAAGACUGGAAGUCUUAAUUCCGUGUUGAUGGGUGAAACUUAUUUUUCUGAAAAAUGAAGUAACUGAGAAUGCUGCUUCAGAAUGUCUUGUAUCUCCUUAGAUAACUAAUUUGUAUUGCCAUUCUUUAUUUACUAUAAAGGAAGUUGUCAUACAAGUUCUAUAUUAGAACUGUCAAACUGCCUCCUCUUGGUUUUUGCCUAUUAUUAUUUCUCUGUGAGUUGUUACUCCUUGGUUUUUAUAUGCUCCUAACAAAGAUGCUUUCACUGACUAUCCUACAUUAUUUGCUGCUUGCCAUUGAAAUUUCAUUUCAGUGUGGAGAAAUGAAAUACUAGUUUCUAAGUUAAAAAAAAAAAAAGACACAUGGUCCUUUAUUUUUAAGCAAUAGAAUGUGUAAAAGGUUUUCUCUUUUAAUUUGAAAAAGAGAUGCAUGGUUGGUAUUUAAGUAGUAUGUCAUCAUAUUCGAAAUGCCUUUUGUGACAUUUUUGAGUAUUUCCUUCUCUGACCAAAACAACUUGUCCCCCUCUCAUCCCAUGGUUUAACAUAAGUUUAAAAGCUGUUGUGGGUGGAUUGCAUAGCUAAACAUCACAGAGCAUGAUAUUAAAUGGCUGCUAUUUAAAUAAGUAUGUGACCUUGCCCUAAAGCUAUAAUACUGGCCGGGCAUGGUGGCUCAAGCCUGUAAUCCCAGAACUUUGGGAGGGCGAGGCAGGCGGAUCACCUGAGGUCAGGAGUUCAAGACCAGCCUAGCCACAACAUGGUGAAACCCCAUCUCUACUAAAAAUACAAAAAUUAGCUGGGCAUGGUGGCAGGCGCCUACAAUCCCAGCUACUCAGGAGGCUGAGGCAGGAGAAUUGCUUGACCCCGGGAAGUGGAGGUUGCAGUUAGCAACCACUCCACUGCACUCCAGCCUGAGCGACAGAGUGAGACUCCAUCUCAAAAAAAAAAAAAAAAGAAAAAAGCUAUAGUACCUAAUGUUUUCAUUGUGUCAUUGAAACUAUAGCUGACUGGUAUGUAUACUAAGUGUUCAUUGAUCUAAACCAGAUAUAAGUCAUCAACUUUUCUGAAACUUAGUUGUGUCAGAGAUGAACCACCUGCUCACUGAACCGUCUUAGUAACCAGACAGUGAUGAAGCAUGUAAUUCUAAUGUUGGCAAUAGGACAUUGCUAACAGUGCAUUUAACUGCAAUAUUUUAACUACAGUAAUUUUUCUGUUUAUUUUUCUAUCCACUCAGUAGAAUUUGUGGUUGAAUUCCACCUUCACUACCAUAGUUUUUUACCACAUUCCUAAUGGUUUUCAAACUCUAUACUGUAGUAGAAAAUUCAUCUAACUACUGAAUUUAAUUUUAGCAUAAUACUGGAUCAAAUCAUUUGAAUUUUCAUUCCUGUCAUUUUUGAUUUUUUAAAAAUGAAACUAAACAAAACCCUAGGAAAAAAAGGAAUGGCUUCUUUCCAGCUAGCCAAUUAAAACUUCCAGUAUCUCCCCAAAUAAAGCCUUAGGUUUCUUUUAACCUCUUAAUGGUUAAUUGAAAAGAGUACAGAAACUGUCAAAAUACUUACCCAAUCAAUGGGGGGAAAAGCUAUGGCUUCAGGGACAGGAGAGUGAUGAGAAUUUUUUAGAAAAUACUAUUAUGCGUCAAAAGCAUUUGAACCUGAUUUUUAAAGACAAUGAAGUUUUCCACAUAUCGAAGUAUUCAAAACAUCUUCCAUCCACAAAAAUUUAUCUUUAAGUUUUGUAAAUAUCAAGUAAGUGUAGAUGAUAUUUAUUUUAUAUAUUCCUAUGGAAAAAAUGCUACUUUAAUGUUCUGACGUUUGUGAUUAUUUGCCAGUCUUUACUUUUUAACUUAUUAAAAAGUUAAAUACUUAUUAAGGUUUCUCUAUGUAAAACAAUUUAAAUUGUCUUUUGAUUUUUAGGGAAAUAUCUAAAUGUGGGAAAUUUCCAAUGCAACCUUAAUAUUAGGUUGUAUUAUUUAUAGAGCUAAGUUUAAUGCAUUUUUGAAUUUCUCAGGAGCACUGCAAGGCAAAAAAAUACUCCAAAUAAAAAUGAUAUAUGUAAGUUGGCAAUGUCUUCAGUCACAAUAAAAAAAUUUUUAGCAAACA